AUCUGUAUGAAUAUGGUCGGUAGCCUUUUUAUGAACUAAGCCAGUUUCGUUAGUUUUUUAAAGCCAGUUUCCUUUGCAUCUUACGAAAGAUAAGGUGAGUAGAGAUGUAUCAGCCCGCAGGAGCGGAGGAUUCCGACUCGGACGAUGACGGCUUUUACAUGGGCACUGUUUACAACACGAACAGUGAUUUCGGCGUUACAAAUGGUGACAUAAAGAAGACAGAUCAUACACAAAACGACUUCUCUAUGAUGCCUGCUGGUGCAGAAUUUGACGAUGGAGAUAGUGACGAGUUUGAUUUUGGUACUGCUCCGGCCAGGUCGAUGAAAGCAACGCCGAAAAAAAUUGAUAAGACAUCUAUUACAAAUAAUGACAGGCAUAAUAAGCUUAGUUUAAACCCAGUGUCAGUCACAUCCGGAACAGGUAGAGGACGAGGACAGCUGCCACAGAGAGGGAGAGGACGAGGAGGAUUUUCAAGGCCAUCUUUGUCGUUUGACAGCAAGGGAAAAUCAUCAAGAAGGAGCAAUUUCUCGUCAAACAAUUCAAAAGAAGCAGAGGCUAAGAAAGCUGCUGCCAUGUUAGCUGUGGAGGAUUUGCGAGUAGCAGUUGUGAGAGCAAAUAGUACUGCAGUUGAAAAAUAUUUGGAUGACGGAAUUGAUGUAGAUGUUCAGCUUAAAUCAGGGUGGACUCCAUUGAUGCUAGCUGCUAGUUUAGCAUUGCCGAAUAUGGUGGAACUUCUUGCUAAUAAAGGAGCCAAUGUAAACUUCCAGAAAGAGAUGUACACUGUUCUGAUGGCAGUAUGCGCUGUUCCUGGGAACAAGCCAGAGGAGCACGUCCUCGCAUGUGUGGAACUGUUGCUGGAAAAGAAAGCCAGAGUCAAUGUUUAUGACAAAUUUCGAAUGUCACCCCUGAUGUAUGCAGCAAGGGAAGGAAGAGUUACAGUCUGUGAAAUCCUACUAGAACAUGGUGCAGAGAUAAACAAACAGGAUAUGCGAGGCUGGACGUCCUUGUCAUGGGCUGCCAACCGAGGUCAUGGCAGAGUUGUGCGCAUUUUGUUGGACCAUGGAGCAGACCCUAAGAUAUACUCUAAUGAUGGCCAGGCGCCAAGUGAUAUUGCGUACUCCAGUGAGCAUCAUUGGAUUGCAGAUAUGCUCUCUUUGGCUGCAAGUGGAAAGCAGCUGCCCAGUGAAGUGGUUCCACAACCUAUGGCAUCUUCAAAAGUUCAUGUGAAUGAGGAUAGUUUCAGUCCAGUGAGGUAUGAUGACCUUGACACGUUUUUGUGUGGCCUGGAGUUGAGACAUUUAUUGCCAGUAUUUCAGGAACACAAGAUGACUUUUGAGGAAUUUCUUAAUCUGACUGAAAAGGAGCUUGACCAGAUGGGAAUAACUCAAGUGGGUGUGCGGACAAAGAUAUUAGAUUCCAUAAGAGAAGUUCACAAAAAGGAGUGGGAUAUGUCCAGCUUGCAGUUGAUGGAAAAACAUGUUUUAAGUGCCCCAGAAGUGACCGUUAUUUUGGCCAAUGUGUCACGACACUUGGCAUUUGUCAGAAGCAGUGUUUCCUAUGUACAGAAACACCUUAACACCAUAAAAGAGCCUCUGGAAUUUGUGCAGGAUGUUACAGAAGCCGAAGGAAUGGAAAUGUACUCUAAGGAAGCUGUGGACAAUGUUGAAAGCUUGAAUGAUGAACUGAAAACCGUGAAGACAAGAAUUUCUAAGAUCAAGUGCAAGGUGUCUAACACAGCCCCAGACCUGAUAACCGAUGAGAAACCCCAGGGUACCCAAUAUUCAUCAAGAAGUGGCUUUUUACUUUUAGCAGGAAUGGCAUCUGUUGCACUGGGUGCCUUUUUGAUGCACAAGGCAUGGCACAGGACAUGAAGUUCAGUGCGGUUACCACUUAACAUGUUGGUGUAUUGUACACGCUACUGUUAUCUUUCAUUGCAAUGCUUCUGUUUGAUAAGUGGCUGGUUCCACUUUAACUUUCUUGUAUGCAGAGAUUCACACAGUUCAUCAGUAGAAUGCAUGCUAUGUGAUGUCUUCUUUUGUUGUCCCUUUAUGACUAACAUCGGUAUCAGUAUUCUCUAUACGUCUCCUUUGGCACAGACAAGGAGAAUUCAUUUAACAAUCAUUAAGCAUUGGGUAAAUUGGUGAUCAUUUCCUUUAAUCUUAUGAUCUUUAGUGAAUGAUUCAGCAGCAUUACUGUAAGGAGAUAUUAAAUGCUGAUCACACUAAGGGUUUAGAGAGUUAAAGGAGGAGUAUGCUCUAUAUCAUUGAAUUUUUAACUCUUACUAUAAAAAACCACAUUGAAAAAGUUGCUUCAUGUUUUGAGAUUACCAAACAGCUAGUAAGAAUUAUCUCCACUCCUUUUCACAUUAAUUUUCCCAUUGUAGUAUUAAUUAUUUUGCUUACAAGGGAGUUUAAUUAUUUUGAUUCUUUACUGUUCAGUGUUAGAGAAAGACCAUUCCAGUAUUGCAAUGAUAAAUAAAUGCAGGUUCUGUCAUGUACAAUAAGAAUUUGAUGAAAUUCACUCUAUUUCGCACCUUUAAGAUUAUUUUCUCAUCCUCAUCCUAAAACAUUCCUUGUUAUUGUAAAGAUGCUUUUAUAUUUGUAUAUAUUCCUGUUCUUUGAAUUCUGUUUGAACUAUUGUUGUUUAAUUAUUAAAAUGAGGAGGGUUGUUUAUUAAGAUGGUACAGGCAAAAGUGAGUAAUAAAUGACAAGAUCAUUCUUUUGUAUUAUAAAUCUAUAAAAAGUUGGAUGAAUAAAAUCAUUUUUCAUCUGUA